AUGAAUAUUCAAGAUAAUUUAGCACUCUUAAAUCAUCAACUAAACAUUUCAAAUCAAAAACUUUAACUUCAAGUUGAAGUACUCUCACACUAAAACAUUUUAUAUCAAAAAUAAAUCAUAGAUUAAAACAACAUUCUCAAUAUAAUACACUCCUUAUAACAUGAAAAUAAUUAGCUUAAAUAGGACAUCUUAACACUUCAGGAAAGCUUAUUCAACUUAUAAACUGAGAAAAAUAUAUAGAUUGAAUAAUCAUACUCUACUAUGCUUUAAAACUUAAAUAAAGAAAAUGAAAAAGAGCUCAUCUAUCUCAAAAAAGAAUACAAAGAUCAUAUUUUUUAAUUAUAAUAAGAAAAAAACUAACUCUUUGAAUAAGCUGUUUCUAUGGGUAUUCAAAAUCAGACAGCUAAAAACUUAGAGCUAUAAACUACUAAAAUCAUCUAAAUUGCUUAAAAAUUAGAGUAAUUUAAACUAUUCAUUUUUAUAGGAAAAUUUUAUGUGAAACACCUUCAAAUUAAGAAAAUAAAAAAGAGAAAGUCAAUUCUGCUAAAGAAAUUUACGAUAACUUAAUAAAUUAAUUAAAUAUAGACUUAAAUAAAAAUUAGAAAGAACAUGAUAAAAAUGAUAAAUUUUAUCAGUAAUCACUAUAUAACUUAUAAAUUAGGACUUAAUCAACCAUAAAGAACCCAAGUUCAAUCAAAUAAAAAGAUAGACCAAUCAACUUCACUAAAUUUUUGUCUCUUACACGAGUAAAUGAGUCACCCAGAAGUUAAGCAUAUUUAAAUGCAAUUUCAUUAUAAAAUACGAACAGACAAAAUUGA